AUGACGUAUUAUGUUACUUAUUUCCGAUUGAAUACAUGUCGUGUACUAUUGUAGAUUCUCUGCAAUGAUUGAGACGGUUCUUCAAGAAGUGUGCUUUUUAGAAUUUUUUGGAUCCACGUUCGUAAUAUGCUUGCUCGAAUACUAUUGUAUUGUGGAUUGGGAACAGGAUGAUAAACUUGGUCUGACGACGUAUACGUUGCUGCUAAUAUCCCUGACGUUUAACAUGUUCUUAUUGUGCUACAUUGGCAAUCUACUGAUCGAAAAGAGUACUAACGUUGGAAUAUCCUGUUGCAUGAUCGAUUGGUACCGUUUGCCAGCAAAGACAGUCCAGGACCUGAUUUUAAUCAUUGCCAUGUCGAAUAGUCCGGCAAAAAUUAGCGCCGGUAGAAUAGUCGAUUUGUCUUUGACAUCCUUUGGAAGUUUUACAAGCCGGUUAUGAUCAGCGAUCUGUCAAACACAUUCUCAAAUUUAUGAAAUCUUUGCAAAACAUGAAUCUGAGAACAAAUCAUCCGAAAAAAUUAACAGUAACAAUGAAACAAUGA